AUGGCGAAGCCCGACGAGUUGAAGCCGGAACCGCCGUCCGAAAACCCUAAAACCGAAGCAGACGACACCGACGACGAGAAUGGCGAUGGCAGAUACGAAGAAGAAAGGGCAAAGCUGGAGGGCCUCUUCCGGCGGCUGCAGACGCAGAGCAUGCCACUUCGAGUCCACGAUGUGCUGAUUAAGGGAAACACGAAGACUAAGGAUUACCAGAUCGAAUCGACGGCGGCUAAAGAUGGCCGAACCUAA